UGAUAGAACAAUACCGCUUAUCGUAUUAAAGUAUUAAACGCGUCUCAUAUAUGACAAAAGGAAUUACCAACCAUGCAUAUUUUUACCAACAUUCUUAAAUUGUGUUAACACUUUUCUUCCUCCCGUAAAAAUAGUCGAUCGCUUCAAAAUUACUAUAACACUCUACACAUAACGUGAACAUGUUUUUUUUUCCAUUUCAUAUCGGUCACGUUACUGAUUCAGCACUUUUAUAACCAGCUUUUACAUGUUUAGCAAUGCGCUUUUAAUUUACAUUUAAUUUACACCGAUGAUGCAACGAGCCACAAAAUUACGCGAUAAUGAUAGAAGGCAAUGAAAGCGUGUUCUUUUUGUUUCUAUUAUUCGAAAAUGGGGCCUUGCGAUUUUGAGAUGCGCUACUGGCCACAUCAGUGCGUACGUGGGCACCCUAAACCGCGACACGCGGUCGUGCACGUAAAUCUUUCAUACAUUCACAACAGACAACAGACAACAGACAAGAGACUAUCCGUAACAUCAAUUAUCUCUACAUCAUUCGAAUGUCAUUAGCAGGAUAACUUCCUCUUGCAUUACGAGAUGGCGGCCAACCUGGUAAUUAUUAAUGACUAAUCGAGGUAAAACUAAAAACGUGACCCUGUGGCUGUGCGUUCUUCGCACGAAUUAGAAAAGUAAGAUCGACUCGACCUCGAAAUCGAUAUUGCAAAGUAGUCGAAUGACGCGGUCCUGGCUGACCGAAUCCGACGCGUCUAAGGACUCGAGACGAAGGUCGGUGACAAGGAAAAAAGAUGGGACCAAUGCUCUAUCGUACGGAAUGAAGUGUCGAUCCUUGGCUGGCCGCUUCUUACGAAACGACAUUGCUUCGUUCACGACGACCAGAGGGAUCGGUUCGAUUUGCUCACGUGCCAUUGCGACGACCGAUUGAGAAAUGGCCAUGAUAACGAGAUUCAUCGAACCCACCCUCCCUUUCUCUCGUCUCUCCUGGAAACUCUUCGUUCGUUCUACUUCAAAAUUUAACCCAUUCGUAUACAUGCUAUGUUUUUCCAAAAUGUCGAAAAGCGCGUCGUCGCAAUCACCAUCUAAGGAAAAGCAGGAAGAUAAGACGGAUCCGGGAGCUAGUAGACACGGGAACUUCAUGAAUUAUUACCAAUUCCAUCCUGCGGAAGAGCGCGUGCGACAACUUCCGUGUGGCGUGUGGCGGUCGGCUCAUCCGGACCGGAAAUACGUAGGCCUAGACGUCGGCUGUAACGCGGGGGAUUUAACGUUCGUGUUGCACGACUUCCUCGAGAAGGCUUUAUCGGCUGAUCAAGCAGAGAUCUCUCUGCUCGGCGUGGAUCUCGAUCCGAUCUUAAUCGAGCGAGCAAGGGAACGCAACCCACGACCGGAUCGUAUUAUUUUCGAGUGCCUCGAUUUUCUAACCGAGGAUCGUAACCGGACACUGUACGAAUACCUUCGACGGUUCGAGAAGUCACGGUUCGACGUUGUCUUUUGUUUCUCCAUUACAAUGUGGAUUCACUUGAACUACGGUGAUAAAGGACUGAUCGAGUUUCUACAGAAAGCAUGCUCGAUCGCUGAAAUGAUCGUGAUCGAGCCUCAACUAUGGAAAUGCUAUAGAAACGCGUCAAGAAGGCUAAGACGAUCCACGGCAGAGGAUUUUCCUUUGUUGAAAACUCUGAAGCUUACCGGUGAUCCGGCGACUCACAUUGAAAAUAUAUUGACAGGACUUUGUAAUUUCCGAAGAGUCACGGUUACAGUGGACAACGAGUGGAAACGAAGAUUAUUAAUUUAUGCCAGGACGCGAUCAACGAUCGAUGAUGAGUUUCCGUAUGUUAAUCGACGUCAAAUGAAUGAACGAUCGACGAGUUUUAAUUCAACUGUUGCUGCUGAGAAUACAAAUGAUAUUGUUUAGUAUGAAAGGCUGACGCGAUUAAAAGAUAAACACAAUUUUCUUAUCUUGC